AUGGUAGUUCGUAGAAAUAUACAUGUUUAUACUAGAUGUACAAAGUUGAGGGUCUCGUACAGAGACAAAGAUGAUGUAUUGCUUGAAGACAGUUUGGAAUCAAAAAAUCCGUAUCAGCUGUUUUCCAUAUGGUUCAAAAAAGCUUCGGAACGCGACGACGUGAGACAGCCCAACGCUGCUUGUCUGGCUACGGCUACCAAGUCUGGUAUUCCGUCGGCUAGAUUUGUUUUACUUAAAUCAUUCGAUGAAUCGGGUUUCACGUUUUAUACAAACUCUGAGAGCCGCAAGGGCCGAGAAAUUGAAGAAAAUCCUAUUGCGGCCAUGACGAUAUAUUGGGACCCGUUGGAUCGUUCGGUACGAAUCGAAGGGGCAGUAGAGAAAAUUAGUGAAUCUGAGUCCACAGAGUAUUUUGAUACAAGACCAAAAAGCAGCCAGAUUGGUGCUCACGUGAGUCGUCAGAGCACAGUAAUAGCCAGUAGAGCAUCGCUAUCCGAACUAAAUAAAAAGCUCGAAGUCGAGUACGCCGAAAAACCAGUACCCAAACCGUCUUAUUGGAAUGGCUAUAAAAUAAUUCCUAAGACAAUGGAGUUUUGGCAAGGGCAGAGCGACAGGCUGCAUGAUCGCAUCGUCUUUGAACGGGCCGAGCACGCAGCCCAAAAGCAAAUCGCCAGUCACGUCGGCGAAAACGGUUGGGUGUUUUAUCGUCUCUCGCCGUAACGUUGUAUUACAAUAUUACAUACACAAUCUUACCUAUCGAGUAUCGACAUAUAUAUUCUAAAAUAAUAGUAAACUGCGUUUUUAUUUUGUGUGUUUAAAUUAGAUGCUGAUGUUUACCUAGUAUGAUAAAUAUUAAUUAAUAAUAAAAAUCAAAGUGUAAAAUACAAACUACAAAUUUAUGUACUUUUUUUAAAGCUUAUCAGCCGAGUUUAAUUAUCGGCUUUAUAAAUAGGUUGUAUUUAAGACUAUUUGGACAUCGCCUUUAUUAUAAUGCUCAAUAAAACACUUUAUCCGAGUGCUCACCCCCGUGGUAGUCUUCGCGCAUCAUAUUUAUAAAUCCAACGUUCAUAGUUCAAAAAAAAUUACGGGUAAGGUAGAUUCAUUUUUCAACGACUUAAAUAAGAGACUUAGUGGCAAAGCGUCGGAUAAGCGUUAGUAGUGAUCCUGGUGGGAGGAUGAUUACAUUUUUUAUCCAGGAUCGUCAAUAAUUGACAUUGGAAUUGAACGUGUUAUGUGGAUAAUCCACACGAUUGGCACUACGAAUGAUGCGGUGUAUCAGCUACGUAACCGAAACGAGACCUCGUGAGAAUUUACGGCGUUGGGUCCUGUCAUGCUAGUCACAUGUGAUUAGUGUGCACAAUAAUAGUGGCGGAUCCAGGAUUUAAUUUUUUUGUGAGGGGCAUAGUUCAAAACGCAAAUCUUAAAUUUUUCAGUAAUUAAAAAAUACAUACAAAUAUGUGUAUUUAACUUAUGCCAACGAAAGGGGGGAGCGAAGCCCUUCGGCCCCCUUAAAUCCGCCACCGCACAAUAAUGAGGAGUGGCCUCGGUGUUUAGACACGUUUAUUCUAUGUACUUAUUUAAUAAUUGAUAUUAAUUCGUUAUGUUUGUGUAUUUUUAUGAAACACUUGGCAGUUUAUAGUUAGUAUGUGGUAAUAAGAUUAAUAUUUAUUCUCGACUGCAGAUUAAUUUGAAAUUACGUAUGAAUUACGAAGAUUCUAGAAUAGUCUAUAUAAAUAUAAAGAGGAAAAAGUAAGCAAUUGUGGGACUGUGAACUAGGUACGACUUGGGUAUUUAAAUUUCAUCAAAAACGUGAAAAUGUAUAUCAAUUGUACAAUAUUAUUAUUCACGGACCAAAAAAACAGUGCAGUCCUAUUGGUUGACUAUCAACAACGUUGGACGGUUGUAAUUUUUACGAUUGAAAUGUAUUCAAAAUAAUAGUAUCAUUAUAGGUACUAUAAUAUUAAAUGUAGUACCACCGUUGAUAUUAAAUUAGGAAAAAAUUUCAUGUACUGCUUUAUAACUUGGUAAUAAAAUCAAAUGUUAUACAUUUAUAAUACACAUUUAAACAUAAUUAAACUGAUAUUGAUAGAGUAUAAUCAGAGCUAAGAUUUAAAU